ACAGGAGGAGGAGCAUUUAAGUACCAGUAAGACGACGCGAGACCAGGCGAGGCGAGGCGAGGCGUGGCCAAGUGAGGUGAAUCGUGGUGCGGUGACCUUCGACGGACGGCGGCAGCAAAGCGGCAAUCAAACAAGCCAUUUGAGAUAGCCAAACAAAAACGCGGUCCAAAUACCGCGCACAAUACCAUCGUUCGUACCAGCAAAUAGAUUUAAACACCAAAUAUAAAUAAGCCAAGGUGACUAAGUACGGCAGCGGCAUGGAGAUCAGGCGCACCUCUCGAUCUCGGCCAUAUCUCUGGGCCGUAACGCUGCUGAUGCUGCUCGGCCUUUGGCUGGGCUCGGUUUUGGCCAAGGGCGCCACCAAUCAGACCUGGCAGCAGCAGCACCAGCAGCACUAUCAAAGUCAGUCCAAUGAAUCGCAAUUGCUGCCGGAGGAACCGGCACUUAUGGAAGUAGCCCCACCGAUGGUGAGCUCUCCCCAUGAAACCCAUUUAACGCGCACCUCGAUGAUCUUCGGGCUAACUAAAGUGGCCAAUGAGAGCCGUGUUAACCACAAGUGCCACGCGCAGCUAAGACAGGUGCAGCGCGGCAUACUCGCCAAGCAGCCGUGGGCCAUGAAGGUGCUGGACGCCUCGGGAACGAAACCCUCGGGAUUUGUUUAUGGCCAGAACUACUGGCUGGGAAGCCGGGAAGCUUGUCGCGGAGUCCAAAGACCUGUGGAAAUAACACUCUCGAAGAACUUCGAUCGGGUGAUGCACUAUGGGAUUAUCACCCAGCAGGCGCCCUUCGACAUGGACUAUCGAGUGAUCUACCUGAGACAUAGCUCCCCAUGGCAGGUGGAAAUAAAGCUCAUGUCCGAGCAGAUCAUUCACAUAGGACUAUGUCUGCCAAGUGCCUGCAAUUCGGAGGAGGUCAAGGGCCUGGCCCAGGACUAUGUGGCUGCGGACAUGUUCCCCGAAAACGAAAUCUACGACAUUCGACCGGAGGUGGUCUAUAUGAAGGAUCUGCAGCUGAAGGAUGUAUUCUUCGAGAGGGCCAGUUUCAGGCUGCUGGUUGCAUGUGUCCUGGCCACCGGAGCUCUGAUGCUCUGUGCCCAGCAACUAACGGCCGCCAAGAAACUCACACCUUCAUCUGAUGAGCCUGAUCCUGGUCUAGCUCCCGCUGAAUCCGAGCUAUGGAGGGGACUCCACUCCCUUCUCCAGCUGGAGAAGCUCCAGAAAUUCAUUCCCUGCUGGGAUGUGCCCGGUAAUUGGGCCAAGAUCUUUGCCGUGCGGGAGAACAGUCCCAGUGAGAUACCCCUGAUGAAUGGCCUGCGAAGUGUGUGCGCCAUUUGGAUCAUGGUAUUCCAUGUGGUGUGGUUCAUGUACUUCACUGUCCACAACAAAACGGUGCUGAUUUCAUAUGCGGAGCAGGCAUUCUUCCAGUACGUCUCAUCGGCUCCUCUGCUCGUGGAUGUCUUCUUCACCAUCAGUGGCUUCCUGCAAACAUACAACUUUCUGCGCAACUCUCAGCAGCUGGAGGCAGUGCGUCAAAAUGGCUUUGGUCAGAACCUGAAGCUCUUUGGCAAGCUUCUCUUCCACCGCUAUCUGCGCCUGGGUCCGCUGUAUCUAGUGGUUAUGGCCACCGUGGAUCUGGUGUAUGCCUACAUUGGGGAUGUCUCGGUUUACCACAUCAACGAGCGCUUCGAUGAGAUGUGCUCCCAACAUUGGUGGCGGAAUCUUCUGUUCAUCCAGAACCUCUUCGAUCACCGGGACAUGUGUGCCAACUGGAGCUGGUCCCUGGCCUGCGAGAUGCAGUUCUUCAUCCUGGCCAAUGCCUUUUUGUUUCUCUACGUGAGAUAUCCCAAGGUAGUCAAAGCCAUGGUGGUCUCGACCUUGGUGGCCACCAUCGCCUGGUCUUAUGGCAUAGGGUUGAGCAUCAAGUUCCAGUUGUCCUUUGACUCUGCCUUUGCCACCGGCACGGAGAUCUACACGUCGCCUUUUGUUAGGGUCCUGCCGUAUAUCCUGGGCGCUGUCACUGCCUGGCUUCUCCUUGAGAAAAGUCUCCAGUUGGAGCUGAGCGAGCUGAGGGAACGGCAGUGCUGGCACCUGGCCCUGGUGGUAUUCUUCGCCUGCAUUUACUCCACGGUGAAGCGGGAUCUGGGCCCGCUGAUGGCCAUCACGCUGUUUGUGAUGGGACGCCUUUUCUUCUCCCUGAGUGUCUGCUGGAUGGUGGCCGGGAGUUGCCAAGGACGCGGUGUCUGGUGGUCACGUCUGCUGGAGGCCAAGGGUUUCCAGCACGUCAGUCGGCUGUCCUACGCCAUUUAUCUGCUCAAUCCGCUGGUCAUCGCCCUCUUCUACAGCCUGACGAAUGCCAGCACGCACGCGGAUCCUUUUAUGCUGUGCGUAGUCACCUGCGGAUUUGCUGUCAUCGUUUACCUGGCCUCGAUCCUCUUCUCCCUGGCCUUUGAGCUACCCUUCAGCAAUCUAUCCAGUUUACUAAAUCGGCGCAGUAAACAGAAAAGUGCCUAAAAGACGCUAGCCCUAAGUUAGGACCUUAUGGUCAACGCACACGCCUCCAUCUGACAAUUGUGAUCGCUUCAUGUACAACUACUAUUCAUCAUAACCGUAUCACUAGGCUUAGUCUUGUCAUAGUCAAUAUGUUACACGUACUAUAUACAAUGUACUAUAUAUACCUUCUACAUCGGUGGCCACCGUACUUAAUAAGGUAAACCCCUCUAGCAGUAGAUACACUCUAAUAUACAUAUCUCACUAUAUAAAUAUGUACUAUAUAGCCCCCAUA